CAGACCUCUCUCUCUCUCUCUCACACACUCACAGCUGUUUAUACUUCUCUUUCCGAUGAGCAGCGGAGCCGUCGGAGAGCACAGGCUGCAGGAGUCCGGAGGAAUCGGCGGCUCCACCGGAGAGCAUCUGUACGGGAAAAAUCUGGACGACUAGUUUUGAUUUUUUAACAUUUUUUCUGAUCAACUACACGGCUUUCGCUCUCUUUAUCAUCCCGCUCUUCCUUCUUCUUGUGUAUGUCCGUCCCGGCUGCUCCGUUGGAAUCUGGAGUACAGGCGCGGGAUCAGCAGCAGCAGAGUGAAAACAGAGACAUGAGUUUCUGCUGCCCGCUUUCUCCCGUUCACUGACAGAAGAGGGAAACGCAAGGUAAACGGGUCGAAGCGGCAGCCAUAGACGAAGAGGCGAAGGCGAAGGCGAAGCAGUCAUGAGCGCGGACGGCCAUCAGGCGGUGGUGACCACUCCUCCGCCGCCCAGCGGGGGCACCAAGGAGCGCUACUUUGACCGGAUCAACGUCAACGACCCAGAGUACAUCAGAGCCAGGAACAUGUCGCCGGACCUCCGGCAGGACUUUAACGUUCUGGAGCAGAAGAAACGCGUCACACAGAUACUACAGAGCCCAGCCUUCAAAGAGGAGCUGGAGUGCCUGAUCCAGGAGCAGCAGCGGAAAGGGAACAACCCGACCGGACUGCUGGCCCUCCGGCAGAUCGCCGACUUCUUCAUGGCCAGCUCGGUGGCCGGCUUCAACACUUCCCCUCUCAGUCUAGGGAUGGUGACUCCCAUCAACGACUUGUUCGGGGUGGAGUUCGCCUCCAUGGUGAAAGGCGAGAAGUUGACGCGCUGCAAACUGGCCAGCCUCUACAGACUGGUGGACCUGUUCAGCUGGGCCCACUUUGCCAACUCCUACAUUACAGGCCGAGUGAGUAAAGAACAGGACCACAUACUCAUCAUCCCCAGAGGUCUGUCGUUCGCUGAAGCUUCUGCAUCAAACCUGGUGAAGGUGAACAUCAUCGGGGACGUGAUCGAGCAGGGCUCCACCACCCUGCGGAUCGACUCGGCCGGCUUCAGCCCGCACGCCGCCAUCUACUCCAUGCGUCCGGACAUCCGCUGCAUCAUACACGUUCACACUCCCGCCACGGCGGCUGUGUCAUCGAUGAAGUGCGGCCUCCUGCCAAUCUCCCAGGAAGCGUUGAUCUUGGGAGACGUCGCCUACUACAACUACCAGGGCAGCCUGGACGACCAGGAGGAGCGCAGGGAGCUGCAGAAAGCCCUCGGCCCAACAGCGAAGAUUUUGGUGCUGAGAAAUCACGGCGUGGUCGCUCUCGGGGAAACCGUCGAAGAGGCCUUUCACUACAUCUACAACGCCCAGUACGCCUGCGAAAUCCAGGUCAAUGCUAUCUCGUGUGCUGGAGGAGUGGACAACCUCAUAAUGCUGGACCCUGAGAAGUACAAAUCCCGCGUGUUCGCCGUGGCGUCGGCAGCGGACGUCAACAUGGCCGGCCAGUACAAGUGGAAGGUCGGAGAGCUGGAGUUUGAGUCUCUGAUGAGGAUGCUGGAUAAUCUGGGCUACAGAACGGGCUAUGCCUACCGACACCCCAUCGUUCGGGAGAAGCCGAGGCACAAGAGCGAAGUGGAGAUCCCCGCCACCGUCACGGCCUUCACGUUCGAGGAGGACGUCGAGGCCCUGCGGCUGCCCUUCAAGUUCCUCCAGCAGCGGCAGCAGAGGGAGAAGACACGCUGGCUCAACUCCCCCAACAGCUACACCAAGGUCAGCGUGGAGGCCGGAGAGGAGCGCUGCAACAGCCGGACGACCACGUGGAUGAGGGCGGAUGAAACGGGAACUCCGAUCCGGAUUGAAGACCCAAAUCAGUUCGUCCCUCUAAACACAGACCCCAGCGAGGUGCAGCAGAAGAGGAACAAAAUCCGAGAGCAGAACCGGUUAGAUGUGAUGACGUCAGGUCCGCGCUCUCAGCACCUCGCCGGCAUUCCUGUCGAUCAGCCACGACAGGAUCUGGGGCAGAUAGACAUGCUGCCAUACGUGCCCACAGAGGAGGAGCAGAUGGCUCCUCUUCCUCCCAACCCGUUCAGCGAGCUGUUGGAAAAGGAGCAGCACCACAAAAACGUGGAGAGAAGGCAACUUGGCCUCAGCGAUGGCGAGCACGAGCUAACCUCCGACGACGGCUCCACGCUCUCUCAGUCUCUGUCUGUCACCCAGUCUCCGCAAAGCACUCCGGCUAAAGAAGAGAACCACACGGGCCUGAUGAACGGCAAGGACAACCACGACGACGAGCUCUCCAAGCGCGUCAGUCAACUGACCACCAGCGUGGAGAGCGUGGAGAUCACCGUGCGCCCCGGCGAGAAGAUCGAGGAGCCGCUGUCCCCCGAGAGCUCCCCCUCCAAGUCGCCCAACACCAAGAAGAAGAAGAAGUUCCGCACGCCGUCGUUCCUGAAGAAAAACAAAAAGAAAGAGAAGACGGAGGCCUGAGAGGAGCGAGCGGGCGAAGUUGGGAAGAGCGCGCCCGCGGAAAGAGGGUGUCGAAUUCCCCCCACCCCACCUUUUUUUGUCAGUCUGUUUGUUUUUUUUGUUUUGUUUUUAAUUAUAUUUGAUUUGUUUUUUAACCAGAGGUUUUAUGUACAAAAGGCAGAGGAAAGAUUUAACAAGAAAAAAAACACACAAAAAAACCCAGCAGUUUGGGAUUUUUAUGAAAACGUCAUUUUGCAAAGAAAGAAUGUUUGUGAGAUUUUGGGGCAGGUGGGUGUGUGAGCUGCAGCAGAUGGGAGCGAUAUAAAUUUAAAAAAAGGACAGGCGUGGGUGUGUCUACGUACCUGAUAUCUCAUGCAGUACUCUAACUCGGCUCCUUGGAAGCGUCACUUGUAGAUCCUGAAUAACUGGCUCCUCUCCCCCGUGUUUCUAACCUCGGCUCAAUACUAAACUGGAAGCCUCUUUGUCCUUCACAUAUUCCUUAAUAUUCCACCUCGCUCUUAUUUUGUCUCGCUUGUCUGCACAGAAAACAUAAAAAUUUAACAUCUCACUGGAAAAACUAGUUUUGGGGAAUAAAGGCAGUCGGAGGAUUUGAGCUGAUGUAUUUGCCGUGGCUCCCAAAUGACUCUUGGUGACUUCUUUCUCCGAAGGAGGAUUGUGUUUUCUAGAUACGGUUAAAGCUCGUCAGAGUAGAUAAGAGAGGAUGAAUUCUGGCUGCUUCCAACUGCAUUAUCUCAUAUUUAUGUAGCAUUUUGAUAUGGCGUCCUCUUCAUCUCUCUCCGCUGUUGUUUUUGUUUGCCAAGAUGACUGGGAGAAAAUCUUGUUUUAUUGAAGAAACCGCUGUUUGUUUCAUGAAAUGUGAUUUUUUUAUUUUUUUUACUGAAUGCAGCUUUACGUUCGUCAGCUCCAUCUUGCACUAGGCUUGGGCCAAUUACCAGCUUCGGUCUUACACAGGUGCUUCUCAAUAAAUUAUAAGAUCAUGUAUUUCAGAACUGAGACUACACCUGGCUGUCACAACAGCACAUUUUUCUGGAUAAUAAAUUGUCCCAGAAAUGAUUGCGAUAAAUGAUAAUAUUGUCAUUUUGAGAUCAUUUACAAGCGAUAUAUUGCGAGUGUGCUCUCUCAAAGACUAAUAAAAGUUAAUUUUGUUCAGAACACUCCAUACUGGACCUGGAGGAUAUUUUAAAUAGCCAAAAUAAAACACAACCACCAAAGACGGAAACAAACAUUCCGAUGAUGAUUCUAAUUAAAAAAAACAUUUUGCACUUCAGUAAUUAAAUAUCCAGCUAAUGCAUCUAAAGUUUCCAACUUUAAAAACAAUUCCCUGAAUUUUGCAACGCUGAUGUAACACCUCCCAGACUUUUCAACCCUCACAAACGUAGUUUUGGCCUUUCUCUUCAACUAGACACACUCUGCUGAUACAACUUUUGCAUUUACAUUGAUCCAAACACACACAUUCAGUCCAGGUGCUAAAACUAAAGGAGCGCCCCCUAUCACUCGUUGUAAGUACUGCAGGGAUUUACAAACUUCUACAAAACCUAGCAGGUGUUAAUUCCUCACAUUUCAUUUGGUCUUCUUCUCAAAAUAAUAGACUGGUACAGCUAACAUAACUGUAAUAAUGUUAUAUAAUGUGUCAAAUAAUUGUUGCUUUUUUUAAAAUUCGAAAUGGUAUCAAUUAUGUUACAGAUUUUUGAGUGAAUACCAUGAGACUGUGGUGUUUUCACUGUUAUUGUGUAGUUAAAAUCUCACACUGCCGAGUGCUGGCACACUUCUGAACUGGAGUCCCGGCGUAGCGCCGGUUUUAGCGAGAGCCGGAUAUCCUGGCUAGCGUCGUAAUCCCGAGGAACACUCUGUUCCUACUCAGCACAAUAAUGUUAAAACUGGAUAUGCCGGCUGUCGACUUGCAAGUUUGAGCUUCUAUUCUGUCAUAGUGCAGCACUUUUCUUGCAGAAUAUAUAAUGUGGGGGUAUUUUUGUUUCUGUUUUGUUCUUUCACCGGCGAAGGAGAUUAUGAAGUAUUCGGUAGAAUUCGUGCAAGUGGCAAGCGAGGAAUGGUGUUCGAGAAAAGUCAGGGCCAAGAAAGUGAGCGGAAAGAAAAGAGAGGGAUAAUCUCGGGUGAAAUAAAAAAAAAGGUUUUGAUCGGAUCCCGUUCGUGUCUUUGUUGUUGUUCAGAACUGAUCGGCCCCAGGCGCGUUGCUCUGUAAUGUUGUUAAACAGAUACUUUCUUGAUCCAUUUCUGAUUUUAUCCUUGCUGCACAAUCUUAUUCGGAGUCCAAUCAAAAGUCCUGUAGUAGCUGUGCACCGACAGCAGGUGGCGACAUUAUCAAUAAUAAAUGCAUCAAAAUGGAAAAGAAAGCAUCCCCGGUUUAUUGUGAAUGCUUAUACAUUAUUUUACUCUCCAUUUAAAAACUAAUUAUUUCACAAAGACCUCCAAUGUCACAGUUAUUAAGUCCCUGGCACAUUGUUGUUGGUUUUCUAGCUGUAGGGGUCACGUCAGGGCUUUGUGGUGUCCACAGUCCUCCCACCACCAUGUGGCGCUGUAGGAGUCGGUGUUCUUUGGGUCACGGACCUCUCCCUUCGUCCUCCAAGCAAGAGUUAUGUCUCCCUGGCCAAAGAGAUGUAGCUUUGUCCAGUCUGACCAGAGGACACACUUUUUUUAGACUACUUAUUUUCUUUCUUGCUUUCUUUACCUUUACGCGAGCCGUACCUUCUUCUGAUUCGUGGCUCUCUUUGAAUCCAUUAACGAUUCUUGACACUUAAAAAUGCUGCUUUAUCAGCGUCAACAACUCUUUUUCUCAAAUCUAAUCUUUUGUUAUUUUCUCUUUUUUAGUGUUGAGCCUUUCUCAAGCGGCAGCUUCUAAAGUCUCUAUACUCUGUGUAAACCGAGAUAAAUUUCUUAGUUUUAAGUAGGGAUACACCGAUAUGAAAAUGUAGGCUGAUAUUGAUAUCCGAUGCUAUUGUAGCCAAAACCUGAUAUUCAUCGAUUUAUCGUAUGUAUAUACUUUCAUACACCGUUUGAAAGCGACCACAGUCUGCGCCGCCUCUCUGCUUCAGUUAAACAUCCCACAAUUCUGUGCUGCAUCACUACCACAUGACCAAAUAAACACCACAUGACCAACUCCAUCCAAAACACACACUCACACAAACGGCAACAAGAUGGAAAUAAAUAUCAGGUAGUAAUAUCUGCUCAGUUUUACUAAUCGGACCGGUACCGGUGUUGUUGUUGUUCUGUUCAUCCCUAGUUUUAACUUGAUUUACUGGCUAAAUAAGAAAGUGAGUUCUUAAAGUGGCAAUUAAAAAGUUGUGUAAUGAGCUGGUAAGUUUUGUUUUGCUUUCUGAAAUGCUUGCCAUCGAGUGGAAACACAAAAUGAUGUAAACUUUGAAAGGUAGUUUGGAAAAUUGCUAAUCUGAAUCUGCCCUACUCUCUUAGAAAAAACACUCAGGAAAUAUUUGGCAAAAUGUAAAACUUAGCAAGGAAAUAGUCUCGGUUUACACUCGAUCUUUUUGUCUAUUUGCUUUUUUCUUUCUUUUUCUCUUAAUCUCCACUUUUAAAAGCAUUUCCAAAAAAAAAAAAAAAAUCUCAGUGUUUGUUACCUGUAAGCGGAGUGGAAAAUCUCAGUUUUCCUAAAAGCAUCUAGGCUGUGUCUGGAUGGGGCCUGAGAAAAGGGAGCCUGGUGUGUUGGUGUGUUCUUCUUAAAGCCAUGCUGUAAUGUUUUUUCUUUUCUUUUCCAGCUUUAUUAAGACAAAGGUUAUGAUUCUCAUCUGCCUGCUCAGGCUUCACGGUUCCUCUCUGUGAAACAUUUACAAAAUCCCCGGCGACUGCACUGACUCUCCUCAGGGCUCCAGAAUCUCCCAUCUCAUAACCACAUACUUGAUUUGUCCUAAUUUCCUCUAAGAACUGGAACAGGACAUGAUGGAUGCUUUUAUUUUCAUUUGAUCCAACUCUGAGCCCAGUUAUGCAUUUCUCAAAACAGUCUCACUGCAACAGUCAGAUGACCCUCAGCUGAACUCUGUUCAGCCCAAACCGGUGAUGUCUUGCUGCGCUUGCCCCUUUUCCCUCCCUUCCCCCCGUUGCCAAUUAAAUAAAUGUACCAAUAUCCCAGCUAGCAAUGUGAAGUAUUGGAUUUGGAGGGCGGGAGCGUCUUUAGCUGCGUUAAACACCGGCUUCCUGGGGUCUGGGAGAGGGUGGGUGUGGGGCGGAGUCGCGCAACUGGAAGGUGGAAGGAAGCGAGGCGUGGCGUGGCGUGGUGUUGGAACUGGAGUUUGUGUGUUGUAGCUAGAGACAGGAAUGGACGAGCUGAAACUAACACACCAUGUUUUUUUUUUUGUUGUAUCACUCAGAUUGUCUUUUUUUUCUUCCUCCUUCCAUAACAUCUCUCCUUUUGAAAAUGUCUUUUUUUCCCCUCCAUCCAUUUGUACCAGAGUACGCUAUCUUUCCUUUUAGUUUGCAGAGAGCUCCAGGCCUCCUAAGUAUUUCAUGAGCUGAUCCUGCUCUCAGAUGAACUGAAUGUGCAUUUCAUUCAUUCUUUCUUUUUUCUCUCUCUCUCUUCUUGUGUUUUUAACAGUUUGCACCUUGCUUUACUAAUGCCUCUCUAUCCAUUUUUUUUUGUUUUUCUGUCAAAAAGAAAAAGAAUGCAUUUUUAUUUUUUUUGCUUUGGCAUGUCAGAAUGAGCCAAGCUACUUUGUGACCUGUGAAAAUCCUAUAUAAAUGAUUAUCUAAUGGAGUUGCUUUUAGAUGUGUUGCUAAUCUGUGUAAAUUCACAAAUAAAAACUGUAUUUUAAGAAAA